GCUGAGAUUUUUGAUGGGAUAUGAAUGUUUAAACCACAAUCCCUCAAGGAGGCCAUUAAUUUAGCACGAAUGCGAGACGAGCAGCUUACACAGCAGCAACGGUUCACGCAAACUCCACCCACCAGAACUUCUCCAACUCUUCCACAAACCACGCGUGUAGCUCCUGCUACCCCUGCUGUUCCAAUCAGACGCUUAACAUGGGAAUAAAUGCAAAAGAGAAGGGCUCAAGGUCUCUGUUUCAACUACAAUAAAUGCUUCACAGUUAGGUAUAGAUGUCAAAGACCACAAUUAUUACUCUUGGAGGGGCAUGCGGGUAACGUGGUAUGCGAAGAAAUUACUGACCAGCAGACGUUGGAAGAAGACCAAGGUGGAGAUACAGGAGAAGUACAGGAACCCGAAAUCACGUUGCAUGCAUUAAUAGAAUAGACUGGUCCAAAAACCAUGCGCAUAACAACAAGAAUGGGCCCUCACAAAGUGGUGGUUUUGGUUGACAGGGGAUUGGCACAUAAUUUCAUAAGCGAUCGCUUGGCAAACUUGCUCACGUUGCCAUUCAUUCCUAUGGAAGCAUUUUCAAUCCGGGUGGCCAAUGGAGAGACACUAAAAUGUCAGGAGCGUUACGAUAAGGUACGAGUGGAGUUUCAGGGCACCGAGUUUUACCUCACCCUUUUGUCUCUGCCUUUAACAAGUCUUGACCUUGUACUUGGCGUGCAAUGGCUUCAAAUGCUUGGCUUCAUGGUCUGUGACUGGAAACAAUUGACCAUGAAUUUUAUUUGGGACAAUCCAAACCGAAGGCUGCAAGGCGUAGACGUGCAAGCAAUUCAGGUUGCUUCACCCAACAAAUUAUCAAAGGAGCUUCGCCAAGCCCAUGCAUUAUUUGCAGUAUGCUUUCAACCAACCCUAGGAACAACGUCACAUGGUGCGCCACCUAAUGAUCAGAAGCAAGAUAUGCAGAGGUUGCUGAAAGACUAUGCGGAUGUGUUCCAAGAGCCCUCAAGUCUGCCACUUGUGCGCGAGGCAGAGCAUUGCAUUACACUCAAGGAGGGGACCGAGUCAAUUAAUGUACGCCUGUAUUGAUUUGCCCAUUUCCAGAAGGAAGAAAUCAAAAAACAAGUUCAAGAGAUGAUGAAUUCCGACCUCAUUCGACCGAGCACCAGUCCGUUUUUGUCACCAGUAUUAUUGGUGAAGAAAAAGGACGGAAGUUGACAAUUUUGCACAGACUACCGCGCACUAAAUACCGCCACCAUCAAGGACCGAUUUCACAUUCUGGUAGUAGACGACAUGUUGGACGAAUUACAUGGCGCAUCCUACUUUACCAAGCUCGAUCUAAGGGCCGGAUAUCACCAAGU